AUGUCCGAUAUUAACACAACUCUCCUCAACUCAAUUCAAAAGAUUGAGGUUGAUCUUGCUGAAAUCAAGCAAGCAUUGCGUGAGCUUCAAAGGCAAUUCAGCAAUCAAUUUGAGCCAGCAGUCAGUGCGGAAGAUCUAACUACAAUGCAACAAAGCAUUAUUGAGCAGAGUUCUCUUGAGCACAUUGCCGAGUCUGUGAAAAGAGCCCAGCUCACAGAGUACCCUGAUCAGCUCGGUAAGCGAGUAAUCAAUACUGGUGGCGAGUUCAAAGGAAAAAACGAAGCACAAAAAUACAAUCUGUUGCUUCAGAUUCUUCACGAGCAGGACUGGAAGGCGCGCUGCAAAGAAGUUCCACAAGGGCAGCCUUUGCCCCCAUUAGUCCCUCUUUCAGACCAUGAUUUGACAGUAAAAAGACUGCAUCUCAAAACAUUAGGCUGUACGGUAAAGCAUGAUAUCAUUGACAAAGACUAUCCUGCGGCCUCAAAAGAAUGGAAGAAUAUCCCAGAGAAAAACAGGGAAUACUACAUGAUGCAUUUGGAGAGGUUGGUGAAGAAUGGUGGAUUGCACAUCCACCAAUGUAAAAGAAUGUGGUGUGUAAGAAGCCUUCUUCGGGAAAGCUUCAAGAGCGACAACCAGACGCACAAGAGAAGAAUGGCAGAGAAGAACAAAUCGUUCUAUUAUAUAGUAAAUGCUUAUUUUACUGAACAAGUAAGCAUAUUAUAUAAAGAAAUUGACCAUUCUGUUAAAGCUGCAAAGGAAAAACAAGAGGUUGUGCUAGAAUUGAAAGCAAUAGAACAAAAGAAAGAAUGUAAUAGAGGAAAGGAAGGACGCUUGAUUUUUUUUUGA